UCCCGCGGCGUGACAUCUUGGUAAGCUACCUACCUACCUACCUGUGAAUCAUCUCUCAGCUUUCCCCCUUUCAAUCCAAAUCCCUCCUUCCACCGCCUCCGAGAGGCUUCGACCACGGUGAUUAGUCAGAGGCAGCAGCCAGUCCCUCCCUUCCUCUCAUGGUGCAACGUCAUUUGCGCCCACCCAUAAAAACUGCGGACUGAGCCCCUCCUUUUUGGCCUCAGCCCCUCUUCAACCAUUCCGAGCUAAUCUCUUCUCUUCUUAACCUUCCUCCAGUCUUAAACCAUCCGCUCGCCUGUCUUCUCUCUCCUCCGCUAGAUUUUCUACUACUCCAUCCUCCACUUUCCUGCGUUCCACCUUCGUCCAGCGCUUUCCCGCCGCGAGUCCUCUGUACCACCGCUCCUUCUCUCAAUCUCACUCCGCCAAAUUCAACCCCACACAAUCCAACAUGUCUGACCACGGCAAGGUUCACCAGAUCACUUCCACUGCGGAGUUCAGAGAGAAGGUCACCAACUCCCAGGACGCCAUUGUCCUCGACUGCUUCGCCACGUGGUGCGGUCCCUGCAAGGCCAUCGCCCCCAAGGUCGCCGCUUUCAGCGAACAAUACCCCCAGGCCAAGUUCUACUUGAUCGACGUCGACGAGCUCUCUGAUGUCGCUGCCGAACUCGGUGUCCGCGCCAUGCCCACCUUCAUGCUGUUCAAGGGCGGCGAGAAGGUCAAGGACGUUGUCGGUGCCAACCCUCCCGCUCUCGAGGCCGGUAUCAAGGCUCUCCUCGCAUAG